UGACAGGUAACCAUGUCUACAGUAGGUUUUGGGGAUAUAUCUGCGGUGACAUAUUUUGGAAGAGUUUUUAUGAUAAUAUUUAUCUCCAUUGGACUGGGUAUGUUUGCCACAUACAUUCCAGCCAUCUUGGAAUAUAUAAGUUCUCACACAAUUUACCAUGGAUCAUACAAUUUACCAGAAGGGAGAAAGCAUAUCAUUCUUUGUGGAUAUAUCACAAAGCAGAGUGUGGAGACAUUCUUGAGGGAUUUUCUUCAUAAAGAUCGAUCUGAAACUGCGGUGAAUGUGGUCAUCAUGGCCAAUUUCUUGCCAGAUGCAGAGUUGCAGUCACUGCUAAAGAAACAUUUUGUGCAUGUAUCAUUCUUCAAAGGAACUGUUUUGAGUGGAGACGACUGCGGAAGAGUUAAGGUUAGUUAA